GUAAAGCAAAAGAGAAUGAAAGAAGUAGACAAUCUUGAAAGUAUAAAUGAAGAAUGGGUUUGUGAAACAUGUUCUGACAACCAACCUCUUAGUGACAACCAGCAAACAGAUUGUGAAUAUUUUGUUGACAGCCUUUUUGAGGAAGCACAGAAGACUGGUGCCAAAUGCUUGUCACCCACUGAAGAAAAGAAACAGGUAGAUGUUAGUAUCACAUUAUGGAAAAAUGGGUUUACAGUCAAUGAUGAUUUCAGAAGUUAUUCUGAUGGUGCGAGUCAACAGUUUCUGAACUCCAUCAAAAAGGGGGAAUUACCUUUAGAAUUACAGGGAAUUUUUGAUAAAGAAGAGUUGGAUGUUAAAGUUGAAGAUAAAAAAAAUGAAAUAUGUGUGUCAACGAAGCCUGUAUUCCAGCCGUUCUCAGGCCAGGGUCACAGACUAGGAAGGGUAAGCCACAUCAAAGACUUCAUCGAAAAAUACCAAGGAUCUCAGAGAAGUCCUCCCUUUUCUCUGGCCACAGCUCUCCCUUUCCUCAAAUUGCUAGAUGAAACGCUCACACUGGAAGAAGCAGAUUUACAGAACGCUGUCAUCAUUCAGAGACUCCAAAAAGCUGCUGACCCUUGUAGAGGACUUUCAUAGCAUUGAUUUUUGAUAGACUAAGUGGAAAACUUGCAGAGAAAUGAUGGUUAUAAAUGGUCAUGCAAACAGAGAUGGGGGAAAGGAAAAGUCAGAUUCACUGGACUUUGAUUCAAGUACUAUUUAACUCUCUUCUGAUGAGAAUUCUUAAAUAAGUACAAGUUAGCACAGUAAAAUAUGACUG